AUGAGCUCAACAGGGGAGCCUGUGGCUGCUGGCCAAUCCCUUCGCUCCUCCAAGAGGCACAAGAGCAUGAGGAGGACCACCAGGAGGCUUUACUCGCACUACCAGAGCCAGCAAGCCAGCCACUCUGACGAAGAGGAUAAAGAGGACGAGAGGGUGGAGAGCAACGACCCGGAGGAAAUAUUCCAGAACAUUCAGCUCCAGAAGGAAAUCAUUGCCAACAUUCGCUCCAGACCCUGGCCCAUGAGACGCAAGCUCAAAGCUCUCAAGCAAGCAAAAGAGAUCGUUCUGAAGUACGAAGGCCGACUCACCAGGACCCGAGGCUACCAAGCAGCAGGAGCCAAUCUGCUGAAGAAACUGUCCCGCUUGCUGUAUAACAUUCUUGUUCUUUUUAUUCCGUGGGAGGUGAGAAUAAAGAAGAUAGAGAGUCAUUUUGGAUCAGGGGUAGCCUCCUACUUCAUCUUCCUAAGAUGGUUGUUUGGAAUCAACAUCGUCCUGACUAUUAUGACUGGAGCCUUUAUAGUUCUACCCGAACUCCUGGCUGGGGCGCCAUUUGGAACCACGCGGAGCAAGACUAUCCCCAAGGAGCACCUCGCCUCUGCCCAGGACCUGGACACCAUCUGGUCACUUGGGGGAUACCUUCAGUACUCUGUCCUCUUUUAUGGCUACUAUGGCAGCGCCAGGAAGAUUGGCAGUGCCGGCUACCGGCUGCCUCUUGCCUAUUUCCUUGUUGGAAUGGCUGUUUUUGCCUACAGCUUCAUCAUUCUGCUAAGAAAGAUGGCAAAGAACUCACGGCUCAGCCUGGCCAGUGCCUCCGAUGAGAACUAUACUUUCUGCUGGCGGGUCUUCUGUGCCUGGGACUACCUGAUCGGGAACCCAGAGGCAGCCGAGAGCAAAGGUGCUGCCAUAGUCAACAACAUCAGGGAGGCAAUCGUUGAAGAACAAGAGAAAAAGAAGGACACGAGCCUCGCUGUUCUGGUCAGUUUGAGGAUCCUUGCAAACAUCUUGGUCCUGCUGUCUCUGGCAGGUAGCAUUUACAUCAUCUACUUCGUGGUGGACCGCUCUCAGAGGCUGGAGCAGGAGAAAUCAGAACUGACCUUGUGGGAGAAGAAUGAGGUGAGCGUGGUGGUCUCCCUUAUCACCAUGAUUGCACCAUCUGCUUUCGAACUGGUAGCUCAGCUGGAGAUGUACCACCCCAGGACCAGCCUUCGAUUCCAGCUGGCCAGGGUUUUGGUAUUGUACCUGGGAAACCUAUACAGCUUGAUCAUUGCUCUGCUGGACAAGGUGAACAGCAUGAGUUCUGCUAUUCCUGUCAGCCCAGGUAACUGGUCCGACCCCACUGCCUUCCUGGCCACCAUCUCUCAACCAGAGGAGGAGAAUCUCUCCACCAUUGUGCCUGAGAUCUCAGAAAGGAGGAACUCAACCGUCAGCCUAACUCUGGAGGUCAACAGAACCACGAGCAUGACAUCUGCUGUCAUAAACCAGACUGCGCUAUAUGAGUACAACAUGAGAUCGCAACAAGAUCAAUGCUGGGAGACAUAUGUUGGCCAGGAAAUGUUAAAACUCUCUAUUAUUGAUAUGAUAUUCACGGUGGCGAGCAUCUUGCUGAUUGACUUCAUUCGUGGCCUCAUUGUGCGUUACUUGAGUGACUGCUGUUGCUGGGAUCUGGAGAGUAAGUUUCCAGAAUAUGGUGAAUUCAAGAUCGCUGAGAAUGUUCUCCACUUGAUAUACAACCAAGGAAUGAUAUGGAUGGGUGCCUUCUUCUCCCCGUGCCUGCCGGCCUUCAAUGUGCUCAAGCUCAUCGGCCUGAUGUACCUGCGCAGCUGGGCUGUUCUCACCUGCAACGUGCCGCACCAGCAGGUCUUCAGGGCCUCCAGAUCCAACAAUUUCUACCUGGCCAUGCUUUUGUUCAUGCUGUUCCUCUGUAUGCUUCCUACCAUCUUUGCAAUAGUAAGAUAUAGACCGUCGCAACAUUGUGGGCCGUUCAGUGGUCAGCAGAAGAUUUAUGACAUCAUCUCUGACACUAUUGCCAAUGACUUCCCAUUGUGGUUCAGCACCGUCAUGAGCUAUGUCACCAGCCCUGUUGUUGUACUUCCAGCUCUUCUCUUGCUGUUUAUGCUGAUCUAUUACCUUCAAGCAAUCGCAAGGUCAUUAAAAUUCACCAACAACCAGCUCAGAAUGCAGCUUCAGACUGAACGAACAGAGGACAAGAAGAAGGUUUUCCAAAUUGCCGCAGCCCGUCUCCAGACUCCCAAUGGCAACCAAAAGCAGGAGCAGGAGAGUGACAUCACCAGCCAGGAGUCCUCCCUCCGCUCCUCCUCUCCCAGGCGCAAUGGCACUGUCACCAACUUUGAGUCCCCGGUCAGGAGGGGUAACACCAUUCGCACAAUCACACAGUCUGCCUCUCGCACCAGCAUCAACAGACCCGCCAGCUCCACUCGUAGUCCUCCCAUCCCCAUGAUACAGAAGCAAAGGCUGGAACACAUUCCAGACAGGCAUCCAGGAUAUCUUGGUGGCGCUAGGGGAACCUCCAGAUCAAAGUCCUUCCACCAUGUGGCAUACAACCCCUCCAGUCGCUACACUGAGAACAUCCAUUCAGAUCCUCUGUUCAGGAAGACUCUUCGGCCCGUGCACCCAGAAGCCUUAGGGAUGGCUGGGGUCCAGAGCUUUGGUAGUCGCCGAUCCCACACUACACGCUAUGUGAUAGUAAAUGAGCACGAGGCUCGGAAGAAGCUGCUGCGCUCCUCCUCUAGAAUCCCUCGCCGCUACUGGCUAGAGGAGCCUGAUGACAUUGUGGAGCUCUACCCAAGGAACAUCAGGAGGUUUGGGAACCACACCUCCCACCGAUCACUCCAGCCUCAGCUCUCCGAGGAGCAAGAUGAGGACGACAUUAGGAUCCCGAAAAGAGGCUCCUUUAGCCAAGCCCACCGACCCCGAUCUCUGUCUGACCUGCACCAGCCUGCGCGCUUCUACAUUGGUGACAAGGCAGAUAAUCAGCUCUCUAUGGUGAAGGACCCCGUCAGAGGACUAUACGGGCUACACGGGGAGGAUGGCAAGAUGGGAUGGGAGAAUGAGGCAUCGCCGUCACGCGCCUACACAAAUAUUAAGAGCGCCGAAGUACUGAAGAGGAGAGGUGAGCUGCAGGUUAAGCCCAAAACAAAGCACAAAGUGGAGCCGCCUUUGACAGAGUCGGACUCGGCCUCUGUGGCAUCCAGCAGUGACCAGCAGAAUAGCAGCACUGACCAGUACAUACAGGUCAUCCACAGCAAGGAGAAAUACUUGAAGUCCAGUGGCAAGAUGACUAAAAAGAAGUCCAAAGCCAGUAUUGACUUAAAUGUGCCUGGAUCCAAUGAUCUGGUCUGCUCAAAUGUUUAA